GGCCGCAGUCGCGCGCGGCGGCAGGAGCGGAAGCAGCGCGUGCGGAGCCCCGAGCCUAACGGUCCUAACGGUCGUAACAGCCGCGCCAUGGCCGCCUACCGCCUCGUGCUCAUCCGCCACGGCGAGAGCGCCUGGAACCUGGAGAACCGCUUCAGCGGCUGGUACGACGCGGACCUGAGCCCCGCCGGGCAGCAGGAGGCGCAGCGCGGCGGCGAGGCCCUGCGAGAYGCUGGCUAUGAGUUCGACAUCUGCUUCACCUCCGUGCAGAAACGGGCCAUCCGCACCCUCUGGACCGUCCUGGAUGCCAUCGACCAGAUGUGGCUGCCUGUGGUGCGGACCUGGCGCCUCAACGAGAGGCACUACGGAGGGCUCACGGGCCUCAACAAGGCCGAGACGGCCGCUAAGCACGGAGAGGCCCAGGUGAAGAUCUGGAGGCGCUCGUACGACAUCCCUCCGCCUCCCAUGCAGCCAGACCACCCCUUCUACAGCACCAUYAGCAAGGACCGUCGCUACGCCGACCUGACUGAGGACCAGCUGCCAACGUGCGAGAGCCUGAAGGACACGAUUGCCCGGGCGCUGCCCUUCUGGAAUGAAGAAAUAGUCCCUCAGAUCAAGGAGGGCAAGCGGGUCCUUAUUGCAGCCCACGGCAACAGCUUGCGRGGGAUCGUCAAGCACCUGGAAGGCAUGUCAGAAGAGGCCAUCAUGGAGCUGAACCUGCCCACGGGGAUCCCCAUUGUCUACGAGCUGGACAAGAACCUGAAGCCCAUCAAGCCCAUGCAGUUCCUGGGGGACGAGGAGACCGUGCGCAAAGCCAUGGAGGCCGUCGCCGCGCAGGGCAAGGCCAAGAAAUGAGGGUGGACGUGCGGGCUAGCAAGUGGUAGAUGAGCCCCCUUCCCUCCCCGCCCCACCUGUGCACACACCCCACAGCCGUAGGAACUUGGAGCUGCAGAGCUGGAGCGGGGAGCAGCUUUCUGGGACCAGGCCCAUUCCCGCCGGAGCAGGCUCCCCUCUGCAGCCAGCCGGGGAGCCUGUGCUCUGGGGACUGCCCGUGAACAGGCCUGGCGCGGGAGCAGGCGGUGCCCGCACGCGCUCUGCCCUACGCCAUCCCCGCCCUCGGGCCUGCCUGCAGCGGGUGCUCCAUCCCCCUCGCGCCYGACUCCUCCCGCGCUUUGCUCCCCGGCAGCUCUCGUCACUCACUUACUGUAACUGUAGUUCCGUUGCGUGAUUCAGCCGUUCCAGGAGCCCUGCAGGAGCGGCAGUGCGAGUGCAGCACAGCCAGUGACCAAGAGGGGUGUUCCCUCCCAGCGUGGCUGUGCCACCACGGGACCAGGGUGUCUGUAUGCUGAAAGGGUGUAUCUUGGUGUGUGACCCACUGUGUUCCCGUGYUUCAUACAGCACCCAACGGUGGUACGUGUCACUUUGGACCUAGCUCUACCAGCCCAUGCUUCAACUUGCCGCCUUUGCACAAGGGCGAGGGAGGAAGCCUUGGUGCCUGGAGGCUCGUACUCUCAUGAGCUUCCCCACGGCCCCAGCCCCUCCUCGUCCUGCUGCUUGUGUUGGUGAAGCAGGUGCUGUU